ACCAGGUCGUCGCCGCUCGCAGUGUUUUGCAUUCUUUGCAUCACGCACGAGAACGAAUGUUGUAGAGUGAUUGUGUGAAUUAUUUUUCCGAAUUCUUGCUCCGAACCUAAAGCAAUUUGUCACCAAAAAUGGCUCUCCACUUUGUACUGCGAUCCUCGUGCAGAAACUCUGCUCCAGUCUUCGUCUCGUUGCUCAAUGCAGGCAAGGUGCCCGCCGUGAGCCGUUCGCUGACGUCUGCCUCCAAAUCGCUCCUACUGCCCAAGCCUGCCCCAUCGCUUGCCCUCGCCAGUCUGAGACAGUUCAGCGCCAGUCCCGUUCGCCGGGCUGCCGCCACCGGAAAUCACGUCACUCUGUGGAAUGCUGAGCGGGCGCUAUCCGUGGCACUGCUCGGCAUCUUGCCGGUGGGUUUGCUGUUUCCUUCGCAAGCCGGUGACGCACUGAUGGCCGUCAGCAUUGUUAUGCAUCAGUAUUGGGGCCUUGAAGCCAUCGUAACCGACUACGUACGGCCAAUUCUGUUUGGUGCGACCGUUCCGAAGGUUUGUCACGGAUUGCUGCUGCUCGUUUCCGCUGCCACCCUAGGAGGACUGUUCUACUUCAUCCACAAUGACAUCGGCAUUGCCAACACAAUCCGCAAGAUUUGGUCCACGAAGCCGAAAGCCUAAAUCGUCAUCUGAUAGUAUGCACGGAGUUGAAAGAAGUUGAUCCAGAAGAAGAAGAGACAGAUAGCGCCCAUUGUGCCGGACGCAACGAUUUACUUUUCAGGGACAUUUCGGAUAAUUUGAUACAACAGCAAUGUAUGGAGAAAGAAACGAGAUCCAGAUCUAGAAACACAUUUGCAUAACAAAGUUAUUUAUAAUUUCAUCUCGGAAGAUCUUAUAAAGUGCUUACGGGAAAACUGA